AUGAACACUAGUGAACAAACCGUCGAUCGACCAUUUGUUACUACCGAUGGAAAAAUAUGGCCAGCAAAUGUUUUUGUACCUUGUAAAAGAUACUAUUGUAUUAAAUAUACUAAAGAAAUGCUUGUAUCGAAAAUUACCGAGAAAUGUUUAAAGCCUGAUGAUGGGAAUUUUAUUGAUUUAUGGGUAUUGACUAGAAUUAAUCAUUGGGAUCAUGAAAUAGAGACCACUGUUUAUUGUACUUCAAAACGUGUUCUGUUACAAUCCAUUAAAACCAUACAUGUUGGAAAUUUAAUUCAACCAAAUUGGUCUGCAUUACCCCAGCGUAACUAUGGUGGUGUUCAAAUAAUUUGGGGUGAAUUGGAAGAAACAAAAUGGAUUGAUCGUUGGAAUCCAAUAUCUCAAGAUGUUCCAAUGGUUAUUUUACAUCAUCAUCCUUGUUUUUAUUCACCGGAUCCAUUGUCAGACAAAGAUAUGUACAACUGUGAUCUAGCCAUUUCAGCUAUUUCGAAGUCUUUGUCUAAAUAUGACAUUCAAGUUGAAUAUGCCAAUAUUCAUUUAAAUUCACAUAUCAAUUUCUUUACAAUUAUUUACAAUCAAAGUAAUCUAGGUUUUUGCAAAGAUCGAAAUGGUGUUAGUUUUUAAAUCCAAACAAAAAAAAUAAUCAUAUGCUUAUUGUUUUAUUUUCUAUGCAUAAUUUUUAUGCUGAACAAUUUCUAUAGAAAUACUCUAUUCACUUACUUUUAUUCACCUACUACAAUUG